GCGGAUGGCAAUGUCCGCGUCACCAGCGCUUGUCUGUCGCGUCUGCAGUGAUCGUAGCUCCGGCAAGCACUACGGUACGGUUUGCUGCGACGGAUGCUCCUGCUUUUUCAAGCGAAGCAUCCGCAAACGUGCCGUAUACUCGUGCAUCUCCGGCCAGGGUGGAUGCUCGGUGGACAAGGCACGGCGCAACUGGUGUCCGUUCUGUCGGCUGCAGAAAUGCUUUCUGGUGGGCAUGAAUGCGGCGGCCGUGCAGCAGGAACGGGGCCCGAGAAAGGGACGGAAAAUGGUGCCGCCCCAAAAAGUGCAGCCUAGGAGGGUGGCCCUGAGCGGUGGAAGCCGAGGGAGGAAAGUGUCGCCGGGGGGAGGAAAUGGAGACGGGCUGUCGGUGCAGAUUCUAUCCCAGGUGCUGAUGGCGUGCAUCCGGCAAGUGCGUCAUAACGAGCACUUUGCCAUCUUUGGCCGGGCGCAGCAGAACGAGAUCCUGCGGCACGUGUGGUACGAAUGCUUUCUGCUUCGGGUAGCCAACUGGUCCAUCGAUAUCUCGUCACUGGUCGAACGCUGCUGUGAUGGCCAUCUCCGGUCGGUGAUGGAGGACAUCAAGGCUUUGCGGGUGGAUCUUAUCGAACUAUCGCUGCUCGAGACGCUGAUACUGUGUCGGAAAGAGUUUGCUUUGAGUGCCCGAGAAGCCACCCAGCUGGAACAGUUUGCCGAGCGGGCUCUUGUUGCCCUUGGUCACUAUUGCUGGCAGCAGCAGCAGCAGCAGCAACAACAACCGCUCGGCCAUUCCAACGAGCUUGCACCGGCGAAACAGCUUCCCAUUGCGCUCGGUAUACCGUUCCGGGACGUCCGGUCUACGUCUGUCUAUGGGACAACCUGUACAGAGCCUACCGCAGCGCUUCCGGCGACGGCCCGGCUGGGGAAGCUGUUGCUCGGCCUGCGGACAGUUGCGCUUCGGUUUAACGAAUUUGCCGUCCGUGCGAUGCUGCGGGAGGUAAUUAGUGACGAUGGGCUGGCCCUGGAAACUAUUCUCACGAAGCUGUAAAGGCAAACGGGGCCCUCCGGAAGGCAACCCUUCCAAGUGGCAACGCAUUACGCAUCGCAGCACUUGGAGCGGUGAGCGGGAAGAAUCUAAUUAUGUGCACGAAAUACACAGUGCACUGUGCACAGUGUGCUGCGUUACGGUAAGUGUGUCUGUGAAAGUUUUGGGUAGGGAUGGUACGGCACGACGUCCUCCGACACACUCACCUGCCACCGUGGACUGUCGCCUCAAAUAAGGUCAACGGAAUGCUGCCGGCCACGUAGAAAAAGGGUGUGCAAGUAACAGUUUUGUAAUGCAAUCAUAUUAGAUGCUGACCCCGAGCACCUCCGAGGGUAAAGGGUGUCUCGUGCAGAAAGGUUAUUUUUUUGUAAUCAUACUGUAAACUGGCCAUGGCGAUGACACUGAAAGGAAGUCCGAAAAGCUUUCACGAAGAUGAGUGUAAAGUUUGUGUGUUUUUGGGUUGAGAAAAAAAGUGCACAAAA